CGGGUUUUAAACGGUCAGCUGUUGACUGUGGAUUAUUUUGAAUUCAAAGAGAAAGAUAAAUCGCAUUUAGUGAGAGUGUGUGAGAGUGUGUGAGAGUGUGUGAGUUUGUGAGAGUGUAUGACUGUGUGAGAGUGUGUGUGAGUGUGUGAGAGUGUGACUGUGUGAGUUUGUUUAAGUUUGUGUGAGAGUGUAUGAGUGUGUGUGAGAGUGUGUGAGAGUGUGUGAGGUCUGAGGAUGUCUGCGGAUGAAGAGCAGAGUUUAUCUGCAGAGGAUCUGAGAAAGAGACUUUACCAGAGUUUUAAGAGGAAGGGAGUCCUGGACGCUGUGAAGACCCAGCUCAGGAAUCAGCUGAUCGUGGAGCUUCAGCAUGAAACGCUUCCUCGGGCGUCUUCUGAAAAAUCCUAUUCGCUCUCAGUGCUGGCCUCCAACAGCCUGGUGAUCGAUCACCUGCAGAGCUCGGGCUAUGAAUACACCCUGUCCGUGUUCUACCCUGAGUGUGGCAUCAGCAAGGAGAAGGUUUUUUCAACAAAGGACAUUCUUGAUCUUCUGAGAGUCAGUCCACAUUCAGCUGUGUACAAAAGUCUGGUGAUGGAUACUCACAGAGGAGAGAAAGGUCUGUUAAUGACGCUGCUCUCCGAGUUAAUCGAUCAUCGGCUUCAGUCGCGUGACGCAGACACACAGACGUCAGACGUGUCUGAUUACAACGAGUCCAUCGUGAGGAAGAUGCAGGUGAUUGAUGAAGAGUAUGAGGUGCUGAGGCAGAAAGGACAGCGCUGGGCCUCGGUGGAAGUGAAGCUCGCUGAAUACAGGAAGGAGAUGGAGGAGCAAGCACAAGCCGAGCUCAGAUCCAAGAUGGAGCAUUUCCAGGAGGUGGAGAUGAGGAGAGUGCGGGUGGAGGAGAGGGAGAAGUGCCAGCAGGAGGUGCUGGAGGUCAGACGGAAGCUGGAGAGAAACUAUGAGAUGAAGUCUGAGGCACUGAUGAACCGAGAGAAGAACGCCAUCGAGAGACUCCAGAAACAGCAGCAGAUGGAGGAAAGGGAACUCUACGACCAGCGGCAGGCUCUGCUGAGGGAGAUCGAGUCUGUUCAUAACAGAGACGCUGAACUCAGGCUCAGGAUGGAGGCCUUUGAAAAGUCCUGUAAGCUGCAUGAGGAGAAGAUGAGAAGCUCAGAGGAGCUGUUGAGGAAGAGAGAGCUGGAUGUGAGGAAGAUGGAGGAAACGUACGACCUGAAGCUGAACAGCGAGAUCAGGAAACAUCAGCUGGAGCUGAAGGAGGAUUACGGCAGGAGGACCGAAGCGCUGAGGGAAAACGAGAACAAAAAUAAAGAAGAGACGGCGAGGAUUCAGAGGGAAGCUGCAGUCGUAGACGCCAGGAGAGAGGAUCACGAACGAGUCGUGAGUGAACUGGCCAGAGUGCAGGAGGAGCUGGAAGUGGCACGCGGGGAUGUGUGUGUGUUACUGCAACAGAACGCAGCGCUUAAAGAGAAACUAGAGGCCGCUAGCGAUUACACAACUGUACGCAACGAACGCAUGGAGCUGCAGGCUGAAGUUCAUCUGCUGAAGAGGAAGCUGGAGGAAAGUCAGAAGGAGAAACAGAGACUCUAUCAAGAGUUGACCGCUCCAUCUCCGGAGCUGCUGACGCUGCAGGCGGAGCUGAAAAGACUGGAAGCGGCUCGGCGUCUGGACCUGGAGGAGUUCCAGAACCAGAAGCAGGUGUUUCACGGGCAGCUUGCGCAGGAGGUGGAGCGAUGUGCCCAGUUAAAGGCCCAGCUCCUGGAGUGUGAGGAGAGGACCAGGUGGAUGUCCACACACACCGACGAGAUCAAACAGCAGCUGAGACACACACAGCAAGCUCUAGAGAAUGAGGUUCUACGCAACCCUAAACCCUCACUCGUGGACCGCUCUGUUCUCGAUCUGAUCCCUGCUAGAGUGGUUCCUAACGAUGUUUAUGUUGAGGAUUACCAUGACGAUCUGUGUGACCCAGAAAUAGCCACCAGAGGGCGCCGUCGCUCGCGGACCGAGGGCGAGGAUAUAGUGGCGGCAGCUCUAAACAGGAUUCAGGAGCUGGAAAAGGAGGCGGAGACUUUGGAGGAGGCAUACAGAAGCUAUCGACUGAGAGGGGUCGCGUCUCAUGUUCCAUUCAAGGGCACUUCACCUCCGCCCCCUUGUGCGCCUGCGACCUUCGUUUGGCCCAAAAGCAGGGUCGUUAUGGAAGGCACUUACGCAGCGACAGAACCGAACCAGCGUCUGCCAGGUCACAUGACUCCACCCACAGUGGGCUCUCCUCCAAUCAGACGCCUUUCAUCCACGCCAGUCUGCACCUCCAAGAUCAAGCCAAGAGCACGCACUGAGCAAGAAGCGAUGUUUUCAGGGUUGAGUUCUCAGAGAGAAGUGUCUCCAAUUCCUGCGGUGAGUUCAGAAGAACACACACACAUCACACCACCAAGCAGCCCUCAGCUGAAGAGUACAGCCCGGGAUAACUGCAGUCCUCUGAAACUGCAAAUGAUCUCCAGGUCCUCUGGGGAGUCGUCACCGCAGCCGGAAAAAAUCAGCAUUCAGGACCUGAGCGAACCUCAAACAGAUUUCCCCUACUGUUCAGAGCAGCAAAUGGAAGAAGCACACACUUACGUGGAGCAACACGAUGUGGUCCUGUCAGCUGCUGGAAAGAAGCAUGAAGAGGAGGAGGAGGAGAGAAUGAAGGAGGAAGAAGAGAGGAGGUGGCAGGAGGAGAGGAGGAUGAAGGAGGAGAGGAGAUGGAGGGAGAGAGAGGAGGCUCAGGAGAAGGAGAGGAGAGAACUGGAGCUGCUACAGCAGGAUGAUCUUCAUGGUAGAGAGGAGGUGGAGGAGGUGGAG